UUUAAAGAAGAAGCAAUCAUAAGUUUAUAUAUACCGUCUCCGGCAGGAAAAGAGGAAAAAAAAAUUAACAAUCAGUUGUUGGGUUUCUAGGGUUCUCAUUCGAAUUGGAGCCUUCAAGCCAUGGAUGGAAAUUUGAACGAUAAUGCAUCUUUACGUGCUCAGAUCAAAGAAUUGGAACGUGAGCGUGAUGAAUUGCAUAAAGAUAUUGAACAGCUAUGCAUGCAACAAAGUGGACCUAGCUAUAUUGGGCUGCCUACUCAUGUGCCUCUUCAUAGGAUAGCUGGGUUGGAGCAGGACACUGAAAACUUGAAAAAGAAACUAGCUGCUUGCACACGAGAAAAUCAGAAUCUUCAAGAAGAGCUUUCAGAAGCUUAUCACAUCAAAGGUCAACUGGCUAGUCUACACAGUGCAGAAGUUUCCAAGGCUGAAAAGGCUAAGGAAAAGGAGGAGCUUAUGUCAAGAGGAUUUCAUGAACUUCAGCAGAGGAUUGAAGAGCUACACUGUGAAUUACUUGAAGAGAAAAUAUUGACGGCUACUUUGCAGAGUGAGAUGGACGGGGAAGAGAGGUUGGAUGAGGCUUUCAAGGAGAUUGUUCACAAGUUCUAUGAGAUCAGACAGCAGUCAUUGGAGGAUAUUGAAGAAGAUGUGUCCUGGGAAGACAAAUGUGGGUGCCUCCUGCAUGAUUUGUCUGAAAUGUGGACUUUCAGCAAUCCUGAGGAAACAUCCACCUUUAAGUACAUUAGUGCUCUGGAAGAACAAGUGGAGACACUACGAAAAUCUUUGGAUAAUCUUCAGAACAAGCUGCAAGUAGGUCUUGAAAUAGAAAAUCACUUGAAGAAAAAAGUGCGUGCACUGGAAAAACAGAAAAUUCUUUCAGAAGAGAAGCACAGGGCUCAAAUAUCGGCAUUUCGCCACUAUCAUUCUCAGCAUAAAAUUAAUAUUACGAGCUUACUUGAUGAGGGAUUUUCUCAUAUUAAAUCAGCUGUGAACAUGGUGGAAGAAAAGCUCAAGGACUGCAGCAUGAGUGAGAGAGACAUAAAUUCCUCUCAAGUAGAUAAUUUGAAGCUAAAUGAACUUGAACGUCACGAUGUUCGGAUAAACAAUGAUGAUGGUUCAGAUUUGAUCCUUAAGAGGAAUCAGCCUAGCUUGACAACUACCAUUGCUGUUGGAAAUAGAGAUGCUUCGAAUGCCCUCGCUGUGGCACUAAAUGAGAAGGUUGAAACUUUACUACUUCUCUCACAACAAGAAGAAAGACACUUAUUGGAGAGGAAUGUCAAUGCAGCUCUGCAGAAGAAAAUUGAGGAUCUCCAGAGGAACUUACUUCAAGUUACAAAUGAGAAGGUCAAAGCCCUCAUGGAGUUGGCAGGGUUGAAGCGGGACCAUCAGUUAUUGCAAGAGAAAGUUAAUCAGGCCUCUAGACAAGGAAAAUCUCUUGGUGAGAUUGCAGUGAAAAGGACUCUUCAGGAAAAAGAUGGAAGAUUGAAAAAUCUGCUGAAAACUUCUUAUCUGAGACGCUGGACUGGUAUACAAGAUUCAGAUGGAAAUGAUGCUGACACUCAUCGAGAUUCUGAAGCCAAUAACAUGGAUUUUGCGAGGAUGAAGAUAGAGAAUGCAACUCUAAAAGAGAGCUUAGAAAGUAUGGAGCAUCUAAUUUGUGCAGUUAGGAGGCAUCGCCUUUCACUUUUAAAGUUUAAAGAGCCAGCUGCAUCCAAAGGUAUGGAGAACUGCUCUCCGGAGUCAUUGGACAAUAUUAUUAAUGAGGCAAGUCAGUUAAAAACUGCACUUGGAAUCUCCCUCCCUCUUAGUUGGUCAGUAGAGGCAGAUUCGGGAUCAUUCAGCAAACGUGUUGAAGAGGAGAUAGAUAACGGACACUCUACACGUGAAAACAUGGACUUUGUCUCUGCUGCUGGAUUUGAGAUGGUUGAGCUUCUGGUGUUUGUUGCACAGCUAUUGAAAGAGAAUAAAUGUAGUUGAUGCGAAGGAGGUGUUGAUUGAAUUGG